CUCUCCGGCGGGCGGAGUGCGCCACAGCUCUCAGCGCCUCGGCCACCCCUGCGCCCAGCAGCCGCCGCCGCCGGAGCCGAGUCAGAGUCAGAGUCAGUGUCAGUGUCGGCGUCCGUGUCCGCGAUGGUGCUGUGCCCGGUGAUCCAGAAGCUUGUCAGCAAGCGGGUGGUGCUGGCUAGUGCCUCCCCCCGGAGACAGGAGAUCCUGAACUGCGCCGGCCUUCGAUUUGAGGUAGUGCCAUCCAGAUUUAAAGAGACUCUAGACAAGGCUUCAUUUGCAAUGCCUUAUGAAUAUGCCAUGGAAACUGCAAAACAAAAGGCCCUUGAAGUGGCUAACAGGAUGAAUGUGAAAGACUUUAGAUCACCAGACGUUGUUAUAGGAGCAGACACUAUUGUGACAGUGGAUGGACUGAUCCUGGAGAAGCCAGUUGAUAAACGAGAUGCCUACAACAUGCUGUCAAGGUUAAAUGGAAAGGUACACAGUGUGUUUACUGGAGUAGCAAUCGUUCAUUGCAACAGUAAAGAUAAGCAGCUAGAAACAGAAGUCUUUGAAUUCUAUGAGGAAACCAAAGUUAAAUUUUCUGACCUGUCUGAGGAGCUUUUAUGGGAAUACAUUCAUAGUGGAGAACCAAUGGACAAAGCUGGUGGCUAUGGCAUACAGGCCCUUGGGGGCAUGUUAGUUGAGUAUGUUCAUGGAGACUUUUUGAAUGUAGUAGGGUUCCCACUGAACCACUUUUGCAAAAAGUUGAUGGAAUUGUAUUAUCCACCCCCUAAAGAUGCCAUACAUCAUGUAAAGCAUGACUCAAUCCCUUCGGUAGAAACCUUUGAAGUUCUAAGUGAUGAAGAAUGUGGCAGUUCAAAUUCUACUCAACAAAAUGCAACCAGGACCAGCAAGCUAGGAGAUGGAGCAACCGGGAGCCUAGGAAAAAAAGAAAUUGGCCAACACAUGUUAAGAGAGCCUAUGGUAAAAUGCAGUGGGGACCUGGAAAACCUGACUAAAUUUCCAUCUACUCUUCUAGAACUUUUGGACGGCUUUAAAGCUUCAAAGGCAAUGUUUGUGGCCUGUAAGCUCAAGGUGUUUGAUCUGCUCAAAGGCAAAGCCAUUCUGAAGGCCAAAGAUGUUGCUGACCACAUAAAUGCAUCUGUAUGUGGGACUGAGAGAUUACUUGAUUCCUGCACAGCACUUGAAUUAUUAAAGAAAACCAACCAAGGUUACAGUAACACAGAGUUGGCAGAUAAGUACUUGGUGUCUGACAGUGAAUAUUCUCUCCAUGGCUAUAUCAUGCACGCUAAUGAUCAUGUUUGGCCAUUGUUCACACACCUGGAGUCUGCUGUCAAAGAGGGAAAGAAUCAGAACCAUCGAGCUUUUGGGAAGAAAGCUCAGGACUUGUUUCAGGAUUCCUAUUAUCACAGCAUGGAGACAAAACUACGUUUUAUGAAUGCCAUGCAUAGCAUUAUCAAGCUGACUGCAAGGGAUGUGGCAACAGCUUUUGAUCUGUCAAGAUUUCGCUCUGCCUGUGAUUUGGGAGGAUGUACAGGAGCUUUGGCCCAAGUGCUAAUACAAGAAUACCCUAAUCUAAAAGUGACUGUAUUUGACCUACCUAAUGUCAUUGAAAAUGUUGCUUGUUUUCAACCCACUGGACAAGACACCAGCCGAAUAACUUUCACAUCAGGUGACUUUUUCAAAGAUAACAUCCCUGAAGCUGAUCUUUACAUUCUUUCAAGAGUUCUCCAUGACUGGCCAGAUGACAAGAUUGAUGCAUUAUUAAGUAGAAUUUCAGAUGUUUGCACACCAGGCUGUGCCUUGCUAGUAGCUGAAAUUGUACUUGGCGAAGAGAAGAUAGACCCUCCAAGAGCUGUGUUGCAGUCCCUUAGUAUGACGGAAGGCAAGCAGAGGAGUAGCUCAGAAUAUAAACAGUUGUUGGAAAAAUAUGGAUUCACCCAGGUGCAGACUAAGAUAACAGGAAAUUUUUUGGAUGCUAUUUUGGGAUUUAAAAAAACCACACAUAUAGUGAAUUAAGCAGUUUGGGAUUUUGAAGUUCAACUAUUUUCAUAAUACAGACACCAUAAAUAUAGCCCUUCUCAGACUCACUGGAGUCUAAACCUUUCAAAAGCUGUGGUCCAACUUGUGGAUGGUCAUAAUGGCUGCUCUGUGGCUAUGCAAGAAAAUAUUGUCACACAUAACACCUUGAUCCAUGAAAUAGAUGUGUUGCAAAGUAUUUGACUUCUCAUCCCCAGUCACCUUAUCACCUCUUGGCAUUCAGAACAGGCGCUGGACACAUUCAUCGCUGAGACUGCAGGACUGCACCCCUGAUCAGAUUAUAAAUGAAGAAGUGUUCUGUUCUUUAGGCACAUUUCCAGGCAUGCUUAUGACAAGUUUUUUGGAAGGCCUAGAAAGUAGUUUUUUUUCCCUUCUUGUAUUUCUGUAUGUUAAAUCUUUUGUGUGUAUUCAUAAAGUUUUAGCCCAGUAUUGUUUUUUUGUUUUUUUUUUUUAAUUUUGGGCUGGUCAAGUAAUUCUGUUACCUUUUUACAAUUUAUGGAAUAUGAAGGUAUAGGCAAAUUUUGCCUGAUUUUUCAGAAGUUGUUUUGAAUGUCACUACAAGUUUCUGUUUUUCCAUUUGACUGUGAAAUGCUAUUUUGGAAUAAAACAGACAUGAAUUUAGUUUUCAGAAUUUUUGGCUCUUGAAGUUGAACCCUUUUCAAAGUACUAAUGCACCAUAGCUCAGACUUCUAAAUAAAGUGAACUGAGAAGGUUAACAAGAGUUAGAUUUUGAAUGAGUGUAUCUGUGAGAAUUAAUCCUGAAUUCUGGCCAAAGGCUAAUGAGUGGAAGAAAGUAGAAACUGAAAUUGCCUUUGUUUCAAUAAAAACUUUAGCAGCCAUUAAUGUAUGUAUAUUUUUGUGUCUUUUUGUGUUACCAUUUGUCAUCCAUCAUUGAUUCAUAGCUCUAGAGAUAGAAGGGACCACAAUUACCAGCAGGUCCAAUCUCCUCUUUAUGCAGAUGAGGGAAUGAAACCUCAAAGAAGUUAAGUGACUUGGUCAGGGUUACACAGUAAAUGUCAGAAGUGGAAUUUGAACCUAGGUCUUCUUGAUGCUUAAGGCCACCAUUCUAUCUCUGUUAUUCUAUGCUACCUCUCAGAAGGCCAGGCUCACUCAGGGGAGUUCAAGUCUUCCUGGAUCUAUUUCAGUUCUAUUCCUUUACUCAACACCUUUUUUACAGCCCUGUUCCUAUGGAGUAUACUCUGAAUUUACCUUUUCUGUAUCCUUGAGUCUUUUGACAUGAUGCAUUUGACUUACAUUACUGCCAUGCAAAGACCUUGCCACGGUGGAUUCCCCAAAAUUCUUAAAAUAUUAUUUCGGAUUCUCAACAUUUGUCUUGCAUUUUCAACAUCAGGAUCUGGCCUCUUGCUGACUGAAAUGGUCUUAGACAACAAGAAGAGAAAUGGAAGUGCAUGGCUGCAGUCCUUGAGCAUGCUUGUGCAGACAGAGGGAAAGGAGAGGAGCAGCUAUGAAUAUAAAUGUUUACUUGAACAACA